AAAUUUUGACAGUAGUCAACAUGCUGCGCUACUUCACGCUAGUUAGCCUCCUGGCACUGUGUCGCGGAUUUGAAAGUAUAACAACUUUUCCGGAAGGGUCGGUCGAACCAUUACCUUUGAAAACCAAUGACGCGCCGAAGUCGCGAAUCGUUGGUGGCCAGACAACAACGAUAGCAAAUUAUCCGUGGGCGGUUUCCCUGCAGCACGAAUGGGAGGAAUACACGUACGACACGAUCCAUUUUUGCACCGGCACCAUAAUCAAUAAAGACUGGAUUCUGGCCACGGGAGUAUGCGCUCUCAUGAUAGAAUCCGAGAACGUGACCAUCAGAGUCGGCAGCGACUACUUCCACGAGGGAGGAACAGUUCACGAAAUCGAAUACGCCAUCUUCCAUCCUGAGUUCAACGAGACCACACAGGACUACGACCUGGCUUUGCUGAGGUUAAACACCAGUCUGACGCUGUCCAACUCAGUUCAGGCAGUCAAGCUGCCGAGUCUGAACCAAAAUUAUCCAGAAGGAACAAUUUUCUCGAUGGCCAGUUGGGGUGCAUCCGUCUUUCUCGGCGACAUGACUACCCAGCUACAGUACAUAAGUCUUCCAACGAUCACAACCGAGCUGUGCCAGACCGUGUACUUCGAUCGCAUAACCGAUAGAAUGUUCUGCUCGUACGAAGAGUACGUAGGAAUGUGCAUCGGGGAUACAGGGGCAGCGGCGGUGGUGGACGGAGUCCUGAUAGGAAUCGCGUCCUGGGACUACGCCUGUUCGUCCUACGGCUACCCUGGGGUCUAUGCAAACGUCUCGGUGAUGGUCGACUGGAUUACGGAAGUCUCCUCAUCCUCGUCGCCGGCUCCUCUCUUCUGCCUGGUGGCAGGCCUGGCGAUUCUCCUGCGCUCCGAGGCGUAGUCCUCGGUCGAUUUCAGGGUGAGGACGCGGCUUGUAAUCCAUCGCGGAGGAAUGCUGCAGGACUAUCCAGUCGCCUGCCAGUCUUCGUGGUCUGUUCAGACACUGGCUAUAGUCGCUAAUUCCCAACGGCUGAGGCGCUAAUUCGUCGGACAGGUUCUCUCUGCUGCGGGUUAAGGAUUCCUGCAGUAUAAUCCAGUUCCUGAUCCUCCCGAGCGAGGACUGAUUCAUCGGGGGCGAUGGGACUAGGAAUAGGAAACCCGGCGGUGGCGGUGGCGUCUUAAUCCGCAACUCGUCAGAAUCCCUUUCGGUGAACUGAUUCGAGACGACCGAGUCUCGAAAUGAUCCUGUUAAGUGUACGCGCGAUCUAAUAACUUCUGACACUGAUACUUCGACUUAUUUCUGUCUUCUUCGGCUUUCCCUUAUCCUCUCUGUCUGAUUCUCCCUCGUUUCGUCCGCCCGGUUCAGCUGCAGCUACCUACCCCCUUUUUUUUUGUUUUUGUCCACCUGAAGUCUUGCCGCGAAAUCCCUUGUCAAGGUGUCGACGUUUGCUUCGAACGAACCCUUCUCUUCGAACCGACAAUUCGGACGUUUGUCGGUGACCGACAUGGAACAUUUUUGUAUCAAGUGAAUCGGUGUUGUUUUAUACCCUAAUUUUAUAAUCUUUAUAUGUGCACGUGAACAAUAAAUACCCACAUCAAGCCCGUCAGGGUUCGUGUGAUACAACCA